AUGUCUUUAACGGAAAAUCCCAAGCAAUGGAUAGAAAAGAACGUUCAAAGUGGAUAUCUUUCCUAUUAUAAUGAAGAAGAUUUGUCUCAUCGUACUAAGAUUGGUGCUGGAGGAUUCGGAUCGGAUUAUAAAGCCGUAUUAAGACAAUCUGGAAGCACCGUCACGAUAACCUCGUUAUCGCGCAACAAGGAAAGACCGAAGAAAGAUUUCUACAAAGUAUUGGUGAAAGAGCUGUCUAAACAUCAACAGGUUGCUAACCACCCAAACAUAGUUCAGUUCCUAGGAUUGAGCAAAGAUUCAUCCAGUAAUUAUCUCGCCAUAUUUGAAUAUGCGGAUGGUGGAACACUACGGAGCCGUUCGGAAGCAUUUUAUUAUACUUCGACAUGGGAAAGCAAACUUUCACUUUGUUUAGGCAUUGUCAACGGGCUAAAGUAUCUCCAUGAAUUGGACAUUGUCCACAAUCAUUUGAAUUCCCAUAACAUUAUAUUUUGUAAAGGUAUUCCCAAGAUUACGGGUUUCGGACUAGCUAGUAUGAACGCACACACGAUUUCCAAGUAUGAAAAUGAUGGAAUUCAAGCAUACGUGGACCCAUUAUCACUCGCCGACGUUUCAUAUCAGCGGGGAAAAGAAUCAGACAUUUUCAGUUUGGGUGUGAUAUUGUGGGAAAUUUCUAGUGGACAACGACCAUGUGAGGGAAUGACAUCAGCAGCAUCCAUAAUCGAAUUUCGAUUAAACGGUUCCCGCGACGAGCCCGUCCUUGGAACUCCUGAAGAUUACAUCGAUUUGUACUCGGAAUGUUGGGACGAAGACCCUGACGACCGGCCUUCUUGCGAAGACGUUCACGAAAGACUGAUGGUCUUGUCUAGAGAAUUCGAGACGGAAAAGGAUCAAUUUCGCUGCUUGUUGGCCGAUCGAAAUUACGGUGAUGAAGAUAAGGAAAAUGCACAAGAGGAUAAAGUUGCUAACGAGAGGCUGCUUAGGAUUAAUCAGUUCGUGAGCAAGAAAAGUAAACGAAAACAUGGAGUUAUUGAGAAUGGGCAAGAAAAAAGCCCAAUCGAACAAAAACCUGAGCCUAAAAAAAAAAGACGAGAAAAGAAAUCACUCCAAGCUACAGUAUCAGAGGAGGAACCCAUUGCCGACACAUCAGAACCAUUGCAAUCCUCGUCCGAACCUUCAACUUCUCUCUCCAGUGCACAACCGCUCCAAGCUUUCCCUAAAUUCGUGCCGCGAGUUCUCAGCCAACAAGCCAAAUUACAAUUAAAAAAACUCGGGCUUCCCGCCUGGCUUGCUAAUCCGAUCAUCGUUGAUCCAUCCAGAUCAGAGACUAUUGACGAGACAAACGUCAAACUUUCCCAAUCUACUCUGGACAAUUGUCAAGCGUUAGGGAUUACCGAGUUUUUUGCGGUUCAGACAGCAGUCUUGCCACUUUUAUUGAAAGACAACACACGCGCUCUGUACAGCUCUCAUCGACAUUUUGGAGACAUAUGUAUAUCGGCACCGACAGGAAGUGGGAAAACGCUUGCUUAUGUGAUUCCUAUUGUUGAGAUUCUUUCGACGCGUGUAGUCUGUCGAUUGCGGGCGCUAAUUGUCCUUCCAACGCGUGACUUGGUCGCGCAGGUAAAAGAAAACUUUGAUGCAUUUUGUAAAGGGACGGAUCUUAAGGUUGGAGUGAUGACUGGGCAAACAUCCUUUGUUAACGAACAAUCGCAAAUCGUAGGCAAUAGCAAAGAUGUUCUUGUAGGCGGAAACAGCAAGGUUGAUAUACUAAUUGCAACUCCGGGUCGUCUGAUCGAUCACAUAAAUUCGACACCAAAUUUUACACUACAACACUUGCGAUUUCUGGUAGUAGACGAAGCGGAUAGACUGCUGAAUCAGAGUUAUCACGACUGGCUAUCUACCGUUCUCAAAGCAUUAAAACCAAAAAAAGAGGCUGCCGAACAUGGUUUAAAUGGGUAUUCAAUUUAUGAUGCUGUCUCACCUGCUUGGGUAUCGACGGUUUUUCACAUUCCACCGACUGACAUUUCAGUUUCUAAGACAAGUUCUCUUCAGAAACUUCUCUUUUCGGCAACUCUAACCCGAAAUCCUGCCAAGAUUGCAAGCCUACAAUUACAGAAUCCGCAGUAUGUUGCCGUUCAAGGCGCCCUCACCGACGAUGUUAGAUAUACUCUCCCGAGCACAUUAAAGGAAUACAUGAUAAUCACCGAAUCCUCACAGAAACCACUAAUAGUCCUGCACAUACUUCAUAAUCUUGAAAUAAAAUCGGCACUUUGUUUCACCAAAUCUGUCGAAUCUGCCCACCGCCUAGCAUUGUUGAUUCAGUUUUUCGAACAAAUGCAUCGACCAGAGGGCAAAUUCACAGCGUCAGAAUAUUCAAGUGAUUUGUCUCAGCAAGAAAGAACGAACAUUCUUAAACGGUUCAAAGAGGGAGAACUUAAGCUAUUAAUCGCCUCUGAUCUAAUAGCUCGUGGUAUGGAUCUUGACAAUGUGGACGUUGUAAUUAAUUACGAUGUUCCAGUGUAUAUGAAAAAGUAUGUUCAUCGGGUCGGCAGAACCGCACGUGCUGGACGCGAAGGAAUAGCUUACUCGAUUGUAGAGACACAAGAAGCUCGUUACUUUAAGGAGAUGCUGUCACGUGCAGGACAUUUGAAAGAAGUGAGGAAGCUCAGUAUUAAGCCAUCUAAAUUGGAACCAAUGAUGAGCUCUUACACGAAAUCACUCGAUGCACUCAAAGAACAUAUGACAAAUAUUCGAAAUCCGCAUUAA